AUGGCCGACGAGUCGCUGCCCACCUCGGCCGUCGUGAUGUCGAUCUCCAAGCACAUCGCGAUCCGCUGCCACCAACAGAACGUGGCGUUCAUGCAGUGCAAGAAGGCGGACAGGAACCCGGAGGCGUGCCUAAAGCAGGGGGACGCCGUGACGGGCUGCGUGAUUGACAUAUUGAAGGACUUGAACGCGAGGUGCCCGGAGCAAUUGAAGGACUUUCACGAGUGCAUGGACUACUACAGGUGGGAUGUACAGCACUGGACACGGGUGCAUGUAACAGCUGGGAUUCGUAGGCCACUUCGACCGGGGAGCAAGCCCUCAGGGAAUAUUAAAGGUCUUGACGUACGAACAGUUGGGCAGCCACAAUGUGCCACUGCCUGA